AUGGCCAAAGUGCUUAUUGUUUUGAUUGCGCUGGUGUCGAUCGGAGCAGCCGCUCCGUUGUCCAAGGAGCCGGCCCAAAAGCUGCAGGACAGGAAAACGGUGAUGAGCUGGGAAAACGGGGCCAACACGAUCGCGGAAGUGUUAGGAAAGUCUUCCACCGGCCAGGAGCAGCAGCAACCGACCGGCGCCGAGUCUCGGUCCGAAGGGAUGGGCGACUAUGUCGAGCGUCAGGACGGUCGCUCCGGAGCCGGUUGGCUCGAGGAUCGUGAGGCACGAGCUCGUGAGGCUAUCGGGCGAGCUGAAGGUCGUGUGCCGGAGCGUGAAGCACGCCGGGGCACCGGAAAGAAGGGCCAGGCCAGGAAAGGUAAACUGUCCCGGGGCAGCAAGAAAGCCCAGCUGGACGAUCAAAUCACGGGUGAAGGCGACAACGGUUUCCCGCUGUACGACUUCGCCUACGGAGUGUACGAUCCGGUGACGGGCGACAAAAAGGAACAGUGGGAGAAGCGGGUCGGGGAUCACGUUAAGGGCAAGUACACGCUGGAUCAGCCGGACGGUACCCGGCGCAUCGUGGAGUACGAGGCGGACGAUAAGAAUGGGUUCGAGGCUAUCGUACAGGAGAUCGAUCGUAUCGACGACCGGAACGGUGGUGGGCCCGUCACGUGGGGCCACACGGAUGCGGAUGUGGCCCAAAGCUACUCUCGCCUCAAUAAGUACGACUAG